AUGGCAAAAUAUCAUUCAGACACAGAAUCAGAGUCUUAUCGUUAUGAUGAUAGUAAUAACUCGUCAGAUGAAUCCGUCACAGACUUGGACAUCCCUGAUUUCAAUGACAAAAACGCUAUUCAGAUAGCUGAAUACCUUGACUCAAAGCUUCACAAUGUUAAUAAAAGAUCAUCUGGCGUUUCUACCAGUACGGAUUCUGGGACCAAGCAUUGUCAGAGUCCUCCACCUGAAAGAUUAUGGACACCACUAUCCCAAUCAACUCCUGCUGAUAUUCCUCCAAAUAAAUUUCAACCUAAAGAUAUACUGAAAGCUAAAUCAAAACUGUCUAAACUCUCUGCAAAUGCUAAUGAAACCAUCCAAGAAACUGAUGAUGAACAUGAGGACAAUGAUUACACAAAUCAAUCAACAAGAGGUCCAAGCUUUCAAGAUGAAACACCUUCAAAAGCCCAAAAAAAGUCGCCAGCUCCUGUCAAUUUAGUAGAGAAACAAAACAAGGCGGAUGAAACAGAACUUCAAGAACUUAGAGAGUUAAAAAAGUAUCUACAGAACUUACAAAAUGGAUCUGUGAUUUUAGAAAGCUUCAAACAGUCCAAUAAAAAUAUCAAAAUUUUAACUAAAGAGCAAUUUGAGAAAGGUGAACAAGAUCUCAAAUCGCUGGAAGCAGAUAUUACCAUGGUCAAAAAGCAAAACUCAGAAUUAAAAGAAGAAAUAUCUAUUCUCAAGGAUUCAAAUUUGAGUUUGAAAGAAGUCAUUAGUCUUAAAAGCACAACAAUAGAGGAGCUCAAUACUUUAUCCGAAGAGUCAAAAAGUAAGUUCAAAGAGGUACAGAAGAUAAAAGAAGAGAAGGAAGAGAUUAUCCAGACCUUGGAAAAGAAGUUGUCUGAUUUGAUUGGUGAUACAAGUGAGGAAAUAACACCAGAGAGAUUUCCAUCUUUAAGCUUUAAAGGCUCCAAUGGCAAAUCAGUUUAUGAUACACUUGAACUUGGAUUGGUUGAUUCAUUGAACUUGUCCAAAUCACACAACAUCAUUAAAAACAUUUUGAUCAAUCUACUGGUACCAUUUUCAGAGACAAAAGAAACUAUUCCAAAGAUUGCAAAAUUAUUAGAAAGUGAAGAUGUACUCUGUGAAUUUUCAAACAAGCUCCACAAACUUAUUUAUGAGCAGGAUAUCAACAUUUCAAAGUUCCAAAAUGAACAGAAUGGAAAUGAUCAUUUGAGACAAUGCACAUCUCAGAUGUACAAGAACGUGGAGACUCUGUUUAAAGAGUUAAAGCCAAAUGUGUAA